AUGGGCCUGUCGCUGGCACUUCUGGCUCCUGGACCUGUAUGUAACCAGCCGAGUUCGUUUGAGCAAUCACGCUGGGCACCUCCAGAAUCGGCUCGGGUGUCUCCUCGGGUGACUGGGAAACAAACUCGACCAAUUUCUCGGACGAGUGCCGGCCUGCCGUAUCCAGCUUUACGGCGACCACACGCACGUGCCUGGAGGCCGGAGGACACCGUCACAUCUGUAAAGGACACCAGUCAGCCGCCGGUCACGGUGCUGGACGGCGGCAAGACUCGCUUGUACGACGUCAUCCAGCUGGUGGAGUUUUACCAGCUGAACGCCGGAGUGCUGCCCACCAGUGCUGGAAAUGAGGCCGCUUUCUGGUCCCGGCGUUUUAUUCUCCAGGUAAAGGACACCAGUCAGCCGCCGGUCACGGUGCUGGACGGCGGCAAGACUCGCUUGUACGACGUCAUCCAGCUGGUGGAGUUUUACCAGCUGAACGCCAGAGUGCUGCCCACCAGUGCUGGAAAUGAGACCGCUUUCUGGUCCCGGCGUUUUAUUCUCCAGGUAAAGGACACCAGUCAGCCGCCGGUCACGGUGCUGGACGGCGGCAAGACUCGCUUGUACGACGUCAUCCAGCUGGUGGAGUUUUACCAGCUGAACGCCAGAGUGCUGCCCACCAGUGCUGGAAAUGAGACCGCUUUCUGGUCCCGGCGUUUUAUUCUCCAGGUAAAGGACACCAGUCAGCCGCCGGUCACGGUGCUGGACGGCGGUAAGACUCGCUUGUACGACGUCAUCCAGCUGGUGGAGUUUUACCAGCUGAACGCCGGAGUGCUGCCCAGUGCCCACCCGUCUCAUCUGCUUCAUCACGCACACCGCGCCGUCGUCGUCAUCGGCGCUCCGUCACGUCGCGCAGAGCUUCUAACGGCUGCCGCACCGCCGCCAGCGCCUCCGGCGGCGGAAGCGCGCGGCUGUAGUUCGUGACGGCGGCGUGCUCCGAUCAUGGGGCGAACCCCGGGCCCCCUGGGCUACAGAGUGGGUUGCGCGGUGGAGUCUGCCCGCUGCUAACAUCUACCGGCGCGGCGGGCAGGAUCCAAUGUCGCGUGUAGUCGCCAGGGCGAUUGGAGUCGGUCGGCCUGGACCUCCAGUUUGGAUGCCCGUUCGAGUCCACAUGGACAGCGUGCGGAUACCCCAGUGCCUGUCUGCACCUGUGUCUUGGAGGGAUCGUGUGUUCCCUGCGGCGUCAGAGGAGGCCCCCACGUGCUCACGGGGUGGGACAGUUGCGACCCGCGCGGCGGGGCGGGGCGGAGCGGCUGCUGCUGGCCCCGUACACUGUUCUGUUGAGUUCCUGGCGCGGCUGGCGACGCUGCGUGAUCUCACGGCCGGCUCUGUCGCCGCUGACCCAGUAUUAAGUUGCUAGGGAGCGUGUGCUGCUCGCGCCUGUUGGCCGGCUGUGUCCGGUGCUAUGAUAAAUACAAUAUAUGUAACUAU